UCAAUAAUAAUUGAAUUAAGAUGGACUAUUUAUUGGGCGAAACUUUCCUUAGGGGAUUAGACACCAUCGACCUUGAAGAGAUGCUGCACUCUAAAGAGUUUGUAGGAAUAUAUUUUGGAGCUCAUUGGUGUCCACCCAGUAGGAGUUUCACAACGGUACUCAAGAACACCUAUGAGGAGAUAAACAAUGAAGAAAAAGUCUUUGAGGUCAUUUUUGUUAGCUUUGAUGGGAACGAAGCUGCAUUUGAACGUAAUUAUAUGGAUAUGCCCUGGUGAGCUAUAGGAUAUAAUGAUUCCAGAGCUAAGCUGUUCAAACAGCAGUUUGGCAUCACUGGAAUCCCAACCCUAGUCAUCCUUAAUAAAAAGGGAGAGAUAAUUACAUAUGAUGGUAGAGCUGAUGUUCAAAGUAUGAGGGCUGAAUGUAUUGAAGAGUGGAGAAAUACUCAGAUUUAAUCAAGCAAAUUCAAUAAUUAUCCGAAA